AAUAUUAUCUGCAUUUAUAAGCUAUGCUUAUUUCCAGAUAUUGAACGCCUCAUUUAGCCAAACCCGUCAAUUCAAAAUUUGAGUUGUAUGUCAAUGUCAAUCUCACUGAACAAAAUCUGCUGUAAUUCAUUGUUUCCCUUAUCUUCAGCCCACCAUCAGAAUUGGGAUGAGUGCAGAAGAACUAGCAAUAUUGAAAUUCAGAGUCACUAUGUUAGAAAUUCAGUGCUACCACACCUCAAGAAUACUCGGAAUUAUCACCAUCGUUUUGCACUCCAUUCCAUCAAUGGCGGUGAUGACACGGCACAUGACCUGUCAGAUUCUCAGAGUUAUUCAGCAGAACCUCAAGGCUCGGUGGAAGGGAAAGACGGUCAUGAAGAAAGAUCACUUUCAACCACCAAACUGGGUAGAAUAUUGGAGCAGUUGAAGAGAUAUGGAGCUUCUGGAGUAUUGUCAUAUGGUCUACUGAACACCGCAUAUUACCUUACUACCUUUCUCUUGGUGUGGUUCUAUUUUGCUCCAGCACCUGGAAAAAUGGGUUAUCUUGCUGCUGUUUCAAGAUUUUUAAAAGUAAUGGCCAUGGUUUGGGCAGGAAGUCAAGUCACUAAGAUCAUAAGAGCAGCAGGUGCCCUUGCCCUUGCACCACUUGUAGAUAGGGGGUUGUCAUGGUUUACAGUCAGAUACAAAUUUGAGUCACGGGGAAAGGCUUUCUUCACAAUUGUUGCAUUUUGCCUCAGCUUGGCUGCAAUCAUGUUUAUAGCCGUGACUCUGCUUUCAGCAUAACAUACUUACUCCUUUUAGAUUUGCCAAAUUGAAGAGAACCAUAUCUUCUAUAUAUAUUUUUUUUAAAUGUAAUUAGAGAUUAUCUUUACCAUGUAAGGAGUUUUGCCUGCUUGCCUUCUCUAUUAACCCAAGUAAGCAUCCGGUAAUCAUGUUGGAAUAACUGAAAGAUCGUAUGACCCGGUUUCCAAGCACAGUUUCUGAAUCAAUGUUGUUUGUGGAGACAGCAGCGAGCAGUUUUAGAAAGCUAGUUAUGAGACAACCAUCUAUUUAUACACUCAUCUUCAACUGUUUUAAGUCACUUUGCUUUA